AUGGUACGCAUUUGUUUUGACUCAAAAACCACAUGUGAACCUCCCUCUUCCCCCGAUAUGCUGUCACAGGACGCAGGUGAGCCUUCUCAUGGACAUGCUCGACAUGAGCGACACCAUCAUUCAGGCUCCUCUGUUGCCUCCUGGAGGGGCUUCCGUGGAAGCUCUACAAUGACGGGAGCUCCUGCGAUCCUCUCGAUGAGCUCGCAUGAUUUUGUUCUGCUGGAUCGCUUGGAGCGUCGCGUGGACGCGCAGAGUUUUGCAACCGUUUUGAAAGCCUACUUGGUUGUCAAGAACAGGCUUGCGGCGAGGCGUGCAGACAGGGAGUUUAGGGAACGAAGGCAAGGCAGUGGAGCAGGAGCUGAAGCGGGAGGUGUGGGUUCAAGGAAUUCCCGGUACAAGAAGAUAAACAGCCGAGUCGCCCUGAUGGAUUCCAAUGCAGAAAGAGCAGAAGUGGCUGGAUCCCAUAUUGCGAAACGCCCCAGCGUCAUUCGUCGUCUGUGGUCUUUCAAGAAGACUAGCUCCAAAGGGGACAGUGGAGGAGACGCUGCGCGAGGACGGGCUUUAGGAAAUGGGGCAGUUUCGAGGCCUUCAGAGUCUCCUACUGAACGGGCAGCGGCUGUUCGGGCACAAGGAGAUUAUCCAAGAUCCCUGGCGGAGUGGGAAGCAGAAGAAACCUUGUUGGAGCAGCGUCUGGCCUUCUUGGGGUGCCGCACAGUCACGGCAGUCGGCGACGGGAACUGCCAGUUCAGGUCGUGCGCAUUCGGACUAUUUGGUUCAGAAGACUGGCACAAAGUUGUACGGAAGAAAGCAGUUCGCCACAUGCGAAUACACACGCAAGAAUAUGCGGACUUUUUUGAGGGGCCCGCCCUGGAGGUAUAUUUUAAGGACAUGGAGCGGAGCGGGACCUGGGGUGAUGAACUCACGCUAAGAGCAAUAGCGGAUGCUUUCUGCUGCACUAUACACUUAAUCACUUCAGCUCCUGCUGGCUGGUAUCUUCGCUACGACCCAGAGAAGGAGGGAGAGCAAGUCGUUCCCAAGAGACAUCUCUUCCUUACGUAUAUUUCUCCUAUACACUAUAACGCAUUUUACCUAAAAAACGAUCUGCGCUGA